AUGACUUCUAUGUUGAACGAAACAGAACAAGAGGUUCAACCACCAAGUCAGGGGUCCGUUUCUAAAUGUAGCAAGCAUACGGACAAGGAUGUUAUCAUGUAUUGUGACCCAUGCAAACAGUUGAUAUGUACAUUGUGCAUUGCAAAGGACCACAGAAAACAUCAUACCACUGAGCUGAAUGAGGUUUUAGACAACUGCAAGAAGAAAGCGGAUGAAAUAUUAGCAGCAGUGGGACAGCAUCACAAUAGUUUCAAGACUGCUAUAGUAGACAUAGGUAGGUCUCGGGAGCUGUUAGAGGAUUGCUUUAAGGCUACCAAAGCAAAGAUCUCCAAGAAGGCAGUUGAGAAGAUUGCUGAGGAGACUGCAAGGAUCAAAGAUGAAGAGAACAAAUUGAUGGUAGAAUUAGACAGGACUUAUGAAGACAAAGCCAAAGAAAUGGAAACAGCACGAACCGCAAAUAACAAUGAUAUGAAAAAAGCGCAGAAUAUGAACGUUAUAGUUAAUCACAACAUGUGUAUAAAAUUUAACUUUUGUGAAAAUCUACACCUGAUAGAGAAACGUUUACAAGAUCUCAAAGACUACACAGAUGUACAACCCAAACGAGUGCAUCAUGACCUGGCUUACAUUGACUUUGAAGAUGAUCAGAAAUCACUUGGGAGAUUGAGAAUAAAAGAAGACCAGAAACUAGAAGGAGCAACUUCUGCUUCAGCAACACCGUGCAAACUUCAGACAAACCUGACACAGGAGACAUGGAAAAUGAAAAAAGAAAUAACAAGUUAUAAGAACAGAUAUAAACAGAUGAAAAACAUCUGUGCAUUGGAGGUUGCUUCUUACUGCAAUGGUGAGGUUGUUGUCUUUGAUUUAAAGGACAGAACCUUGAUCAAAGUAUCUGCAUCUCAAUCCAAGGUCACCCCAAAAGAGAUGCCAAUUGAAGGUCUCAUUAAUCCAAGGAAAGUGACUGUGAACAAGAAUGAUGAGCUCAUUGUUGUAGAUGACACUGCAGUUAAGAUCUUCAAUCGAAAGUAUAAGUGUCUCCAUCAGUUCACUCUGGGUGGACAGCCAGCCAUCCAGCCAUCAUGUAUAGCAGUAGAUGACAAUAAUGUCAUAGCUGUCGGAUAUGAUAGCCAGGGACAGAUCUCUCUACUCAGACAAAAUGGAUCCAUCAUCACAACACUGCCCGCUUCAGGGAUUGGUAAAUACUUGACUAUCCACAAACAGCAACUCAUCUACACCAAGAGGCAAGACAAGAAGUUAGAAUCAAUGGACUACAAUAGUCACAUUGUAUUUUCAGUAGAUAUCAAUCAUAACAUGUUGCCUUGUGGGUUGUGUUGUGACAAGGAUGGUAGCAUCUUUGUUGGUACAUGUAUAUGGGAUAAAGACCCAUUACCGAGUGAGAUUCAACAUUACAGAUAUGAUGGAGUGUACAUUGGAUGCAUCGUUAAGGGGUGUGCCUAUCCCUAUGGUAUUACAAUCACACCAGCUGGUGAUCUGGUUGUGGCUACUGAUGAAUCAGUUCAAAUCUACUGCAAUGAGUAA